GAAGAUAAAGACACAUUGUGCAGAGCCUUUUACCGAGUACUGGACAUGCAUCGACUACACCAACCUGCAGGAGCUGCGUCGCUGCCGAAAGCAGCAGGCAGUGUUUGAUAACUGUGUGCUGGAGAAACUGGGUUGGGUGAGACCUGAUCUGGGCCAGCUCUCUAAGGUUACGAAAGUGAAGACAGACCGUCCGAAGCCUGAGAAUGCCUAUCACUCUAGACCUAGACCAGAGCCAAACCCACCCAUUGAAGGAGAGCUGAAGCCUUCUGUGUUUGGCAGUAGGCUCUUCUUCUGGCCCUG